GGGCAAGUUCUAUAGGAUAGCUGUGAGACCAGCUUUGCUUUAUGGGGUGUAAUGUUGGGCGGUCAAGAAACAACCUACCCAUAGGAUGGGCGUGGCUGAGAUGAGGAUGUUGAGAUAGAUGAGUGGCAAGACAAUUAUAAGAUGAGAGAAAGUAGAGUUAGUUGGGCUGGCUAUUUGUAGCGCUGACUCAGUAUAACACCUGUUGGGACGAAGGUGAAAUUAUAUUAAUAGCCUUGUAAUAAUUGCAAAAACUCUUGAGGAGUGAAUAAAGGCAACCAACAUGAGCCCAAUCAAUGACAUUACGAGAGUCGCCUCGAUGAUUAAAUUGAUACACCAGCUGGGUUGAAACCUCGUCACAGCUUCGAGUAAGGCAAUAGCCUCCACCCAAUCUGAGUCUUCUUGGCCAAUGUGGAUGGAGAAAGAAGGCAAUUACUAUUAUAAUCUUUAAAAACACCUCCUACUCUGUAUGGACCUGGGCUGCCUGAAGAACAACCAUCGAUAUUGGCCUUAAUGGUGCCUUGGGAUGGAGGGAUCCAAGUGCCUGAUUGAGACGGCUUUUAGAUUCUCGAGUUUGUGAUUUGGAGCCAGUUAUUUUGGAAGUUAGAGAUGGAAGCCCAAAAGGUGGUGAGUGUUUUCAACUUUUCCGCACUCCUUCCAAAUAGACCAUAAGAUCGCUUGGAUGGAGGCUCUUCACUAGAAGGUCCCUGCCCUGGUAAAACGGGGCCAGAUGUGCACAACCAAAAGGGCUUUAAUAUCAGGGGGAGUGACCCACAUGUAAUUUAAGUCCCUUGAGUGCUUGCCCCAAACUAAUUGUGCAAAGUGACAGUGGAUGAAAAGGUGGGAGUGAGACUCCACUUCUUCCUCACACAUAUGGCACCUGUUGGCAAGGAUAAAACCUCUUCUUUGGAGUUGAUCUAUGGUUAGGUUUCUAUGAAAAAUAGAAGGGCAAGAAAAAGCUUGACGUCUUGGUCGAGUAUUGGUUGGCUAAGCUUUAUGAUGGAUUGUGAGGUUAAGAGGUGGUUGAUGGUGAAAGAUUUGUGGUAGGAGGCUACAUGGAAAUUUCCAGAGUGGUGUUUGGUCCAAAUGGGUCUAUCCACCCCAACUCCUGUGAUGAAGACGGUGGAUAAGUGUUUGAGGAGCCUAAGGAAUAAGUCAAAUUCAUGGUCUUGUAAGGUCCUUCUAAAGAUAGGAGCCCAGAUUUGCUGGGUGUUGUUGGAUGAAAUUAGGUGGAAAUUGUGGCAUCAAGGUUAGUAGCCAGUGAAAAAAACGUUAGGCCAUAAGUUUUGAAGGGCAGUGUCCGCAAUCCACAAAUUCUUCUAGAACAAGACUUUAGUUUUGAGUUGACUUCGUAUCUGAUGCACAACAUGAAGCUAUCCCUACAAGAGUAUAUAUCAGGCCAAAUUGUUAAGCGCCAUAUUUUUGGCUAAGGACAUGCCACAAAAAGGAAUUAUUGGUUGGUGGAAAACCGCCACCACUACUUACCUAGUAAAGCUUUGUUGGUGAGUAUGAGAUCUUGAAUCCCAAGCCUAUCAGAACUUUUAGGUUGGUAAACCUUUUCCUAAACGAUGCGGGGAAUCUUUUUCUUAGAGAUGUCAUUAAACCAAUGAAAGUUCCCCAUGAGCUUGUUGAGGAUGUUGAUAGUGAGAGUAGUCAUGAUGAAGAUAGAUAUGGCAUACAUGUGUAUGCAAGGGAGAACAAACUUGAUAAGGGUGAUCCUACCUCCUAGGGAGAGGAAUCGUCCUUUCCAAGGGGUUGAUCUCCUCUGGAAAUUCUCCAAUAUAGGGUUCAACAAAUCUCUCCUAGUAUUCCCAACACAAAGCGGGAGACUGAGGUAUUUGGUCAUAAGAGUAUCAAUAUCACAUCCAAGCCCAUUUACAAGAAGUUGUAGAUGAUCUACCUAAACAUUGAUGCCUAACAAUUUGGAUUUGGACAUGUUGACUUUCAAAUGCGAAGCCAAUUUGAAACAUUUGAGGAAGGUCCAAAGGCUGUCAAUCUGAUCAGAAGUUGCUUUUAGGAAGAUGAGGGUGUCAUCUGCGUAUUGAAAAUCACAGAUAUGUUUCCCUUUUUUUUUUUGAUGAAGUUGACGAUUGUAUUACUAUAAAUGAAGGGUAUACAUAAGUAAAUGUCGAAAGUACCCACAGUCCGAGUCUCUCAACCAAAAAAUAGGCCACUUAACAGUAGCUCUGUACAAAAAAUAAGGGGGCUUAUAACAGAUGCCCAAUUACAAGAAAUGGUCCAUAGCAAACAAGGAGAUGGACCAGCGACAUAACGAUAGUCGAAGCAAGUUAUGAGGGGGCUUCAGCUUGGGCCCUAGCACCGUCCUUAGCUAGUUGGUCUGCCAAGGCAUUUGACUUCCUCCAGGUAUGCAUGCAAGAGACGACUAUAUCCUUGCAAAUAUGCGCAAUUUCAUCAAAAAUUGAGGCGAAGUACUAGGGAGGGGGGGCAUUUCCAGAAUCCCAAGAGAUUAUGUUCUUGGCAUCCCCUUGAAGAACAAAUGUGAUCCCCAUGAUUGGUCGAACCUCUAUAGGCCCAAUAGGAGUGCCAUAGACUUUGCAAGCUGAGAGUCUGCGUGGCCUAAGUGCUCUGAGAAUGAAGCCAACAUAUUGCCGCUGUGGCCUUGGAAGACCCCUCCAGCUCCAGCUGAGCUUGGGUUGCUAAGGGAGCAUCCGUCGAAAUUAAACUUGAUGAUGCCUUAUGGGGGAGGCAACCAGUUGUUAGCUCUUGAGACCUGAGGGGCUUCAAGGUGGAGAAUAUUUUCCCAGUCACGAAGGAAAGUUGCCACCAAAAGUUUGGCCGAAAGUCUGGCAAAGGCCUUGUGAUUGGAAACUUCAAGGGUACCUCUUUGAGAAGAGGUUUCAAAACCUUCAUGGGUACCUCUUUGAAAACUCUAGAAAUGGACUUGCUGAAGAUCUCAGUCAUAAUAGGAAAGGGGACAAUGGGCCCCCUCUAUGCAAGCCUCUAGUUGGUGAGUAGUAUCCUUUAGGUGAUCCAUUAGUAUGCCCUGAGAAGGAGGUAGAAAAGAUGCAAGCUUGGAUCCACUAAAUGAAUUAGUGAUGGAACCUCAUUUUGGAAAGGAUUUGGAGAAGAAUCGACCAUUCUAGUGAGCAUAAGCCCUUUCCCAAUCGAGCCUGAAAAGGAGACCAGGUUUCCUAGAUUGACGAUAGUCAUGGAUAGCUUCGUGAGCUAUGAUCAAACUAUUUAGAAUCUACUUGUUGUGAACAAAACCACUUUUAUUAUGGGAGACUACUUGAUCUAGGACCAGUUUGAGUCUAGAAGCAAACAUUUUAGACAAAAUCUUGUAAGAGGAAUUAAGGAGGCUUAAGGAAGCUUAGUUUUGGUUUCCACAAACCCACCCAAACCAGAACCAUUGAAUCAAACCAAAACCACCUAGACAUUUUACCACUCUGUGCCAUGUGCCACGUGCCGCAUACAUCCAUCCCCUACCCUCACGAACCUCUUACCUGACCCAAUGACACUAUGUGACAUGGCACAUCUCAACCAUCAAGAAGCAUUAAGAUCUUUUAAUUCCUGCCACCUUUCCUUUCCCAUUACCUCCCUAUAUGAUCCCUUUUAUUAUCUCUCAUUGAUCCCCACCCUUCCCUGACGAGUACAUUUAGGAAUCCUUCCCCAUGUACCACUUCCAAGGCGCCGCAUCAUUACCCCCAUCGAUCCCCACAGUCUUAAAAAUCACCACAGCUAAACCAGAACCUAGCUACAAGCUCUCCUCAGGAGUCUCAAUAUUCACCAUAAGUCCCUUAAUUUUAUUUGGCAAAGGUAGAACACAUUGAAUGCAACAUUCCUCACUUUGAAGAGAUGCUUCAACAAAUGUGUUUCUCCUAUGAAGGCCCCAUCUUAGACCUCUCCAGGUUCUACAAAAACAAUGCCCAUUAGGUAAAUUCAAAGGGAUGAGAGAAUUAAUUUAUUUAUCCUCAGACCUUAACCUAGAUGACACGAUGGCUCUGAGUUGGCCCACAUUUCCCUUCCCCCGACCGUUUCCUCUCCUCAUAGACGCUACCUAAGUGUCAUGGCCCCUCUAUUACCACCCCUAAUGACGAUCCUCAUAUAGAAUAUUAAGGGGAUUGGGGACUCCCUAAAGAAGUCUACAGUGUGUGCUUUCUCCUCUCAGUUUCAACUUGACAUUUUCGCUUUAUCUAAGACUAAAUCUGCCCAACCUAGUCUUCAUAUGGUUAGGAACAUUUGGGGUUGGCGACCAUGUCAAUGGCUAGUUUUGGAUUCCUUAGGUGCUUCGGGAGGAAUGUGGGUCGUUUGGGAUCUCACUAUCCUUGCUGUCUCUUCUAGUUCCCUAGGUCUUUUUUCCAUUACUAUUUUCUUCUAUAGGAUUUUUGAUAAUUUUCUUUGGAAGUUUACUUUGAUCUAUGGCCCUAAUAGAGCAUGCUUUACACUUACUUCUUGGGACGGACUCAAUACUAUUGCCAAUUCCCCCCCAGACCUUGGGUUCUGGUGGCGAUUUCAACGUCAUCAGAUGGAGCCUUCAGUCUAACGGCUGCCAUGAUAUCUCCCAUUAUAUGGCUGACUUCUCUUCAAUCUCCCUUAAUUUUCUCAUAGACAUCCCCGUCAAUGGUGCCUCCCAAUCUAUGAGAUGAGGAUGUUGAUAUGGAUAUGUGGCAAGACAAGAAACGAUAGAAUUCAAAAUGAAUACAUCCAAGGGAACUUAGGGGUGGCUCGAAUAAACAAUAAGAUGAGGAAAGUAGACUUAGUUGGUCUGGCAAUGUGCAACGUCAACCUAGAACAACACUGGUUAGGAGGGUGAUUUGGUUCAGUGGAAGGCCUUAAGAGGGCAAGGGGAAGGCCCAAAAGGACAUGAUGGAAGUAGUGAGAAGAGAUGUGAUGACUUAUGGUCUGACUAGGGGUAUGGCCCUUGAUAGAGUAGAAUUGUGGAACGUGACUUUUGUAGAUGACUCCAAAUAGUUGGGAUAAAGCUCAAAUGAUGAUCAUGAUGGUGAUGAAUAAAUUGAUAAAAGUCACAUUUAUUUUUGUAUCCCUAAAUACUUCUUGUUCAUCAUCUUAUGCUUGUGAGAGUGGCCUCGUCCCACAUAUGAAUACAAUGCGCAAAUAAGUAAAUAAACAAUUAAGGGGAGUGGUUUAAUGCGAUUAUCUUAUGAUAAUGUAAUCAAAUACACUUUAACAUACUAUGCUAGGUGCAUUUGAUGAACCAAAAAAUUUCACUAUACACUCCUAUCACUAGGAUGAACAAUCUCCCUUAAACAAAAAAAAAAAGGAUUUUGGGAAAUCACCUUAGGGAGUGAUUUCCUGUAAGAGCUUAUAGGUCUUACUGAGGGUAUGGUCGUUUGAUAGAGCAGAAUGGCAGAACAAGAUUCAUGUAGCCGACCCCAAAUAGUUGGGAUAAGGCUCUGAUGAUGAUGGUGAUGACCUGAAGUAGUGAUUUUUUAACUUGAUGAACCUAGGCCAUCCAUUUGAUGGGUUGAUUAGGUCUAGGCCCUAGAGCAAUUCUUUUUAUCACUGAUUUUUUAUGGCCUUAUCAUCAUUGAUAUACAAAUUUGAAAAAGAAAAUAUUGAUUUUGAGUUCGUAUCGGCUGAGAUCUCAACAAUCACAAAAUGAAUGGUAUGGAUCCUUCCUCAGAGAAGGACGUAUUUUUCCUCAUUUCUAGGGCACAAAUUCAAAGUUUUCGUUUUUGGGAUUGAUUAUUGAGAUGAAGAGAGUGUGUGUGCAAAUUUUAUGAUCACACAAUCGUCAUAAAUAUGGUUUUCUAAAAUAGCAGUUUCCUUAUAUCUAUACUAUCUUAUUAAGCAACAGUUAAGGGGUGGACACAUGUUGCAAGAAUAGAAAGGCAUGCUAUCAUUAAGAUAAUGUGGGGCAGGUUAGUGAGUUUUGAGGUAGACUAUAUAGGAUAUUUUUCCAUUUUUAAAACAAAUAAAAUCCCAUCUUUUAGGAUAGACAAAGAUGUCAUAGAAGAGAGACUUGGAUAGAAUUUUCAAAAAAAAUAUAGAAGUAUUUUUUUUCUUUUUUGAAGUGUAUGGAGGUAUAUCUUUCUAGAUUUUUUGAAAGAGAGAGAAUAAAAAUCUAAAAAAAACCCUUGGCUAUUAGAAUCCUAAGGAAAUCCCAACUUUAAGGAAUCUAGAUAAUCGUCAUGUUAUAAAAAUUCUCUAAUAUUUAUAAAAAAUCUCUAAUACUAAAAACAAUAUAACUAAAUAUAAAGAUCUUCUUAAAAGUAGACAAGUAAAGAAUCUCUCUUUCUCUUUCUCGCCUAUCCAAAUCUCCUAAUCCUAGUUCAAAUGCCAAACCUAUUCCUAAUCUUUUAAACCAGGGGAAGUCUUUUCAUAAUAUUUUAAAUUGUAGGUGAAAUCUCUAUCAUAUGUUCUCUCACAAGUCACAACACCCUCUACCUCUGUUUCCUACUUCCCUUCAAAACUAUUCAUAAUCUUUUAAACCAGGGAAGUCUUUUCAUAAUAUUUUAAAUUGUUGGUGAAACCUUUAUCAUAUGUUCUCCAACAAGUCAUAACACCCUCUACCUCUCUUUCCUACUUCCCCUAAUGUCAUCUUCUAUGACGUUUCGUAGUAUUUCUCUUUUUCAUUUAUUCAAAAAAUAUUUGCUCUUUUACACAUUUGCUUCUUCGUCACUCUUCACCAACCAUGCAAAUGAAGACUUUUCAACGUCCAGCUGGCCAAUGUCUUCUGUGACGGACUAUCAUCUCCUUUUGGGAAGUUCUACCACGCAGCUGUCAUUGCAUACAGUUGCCAAUAAAACUAAGAGGAGGAUUCCGAAAAGAUGGAUAUCUCCAAGAGCUGCGGUUGUUCACAAUUUUCAUCUUCCGAUGCGCAGUCUCGAAGUCAAGAAUAGGACACCUGUAGAUGAAAUCAAGAAGCUUCGAUUGAUCACAGCAAUCAAAACACCCUAUUUACCGGAUGGGAGAUUCGACCUCGAGGCUUAUGAUGCCCUGAUUCACUUGCAAAUACUGAAUGGUGUUGAAGGUGUUGUAGUGGGAGGUACCACUGGUGAGGGGCAGCUCAUGAGUUGGGAUGAACACAUCAUGCUUAUAGGGCACACUGUGAACUGCUUUGGAAGCUCCAUAAAAGUGAUUGGAAACACAGGCAGUAAUUCAACUCGUGAAGCCAUUCAUGCAACUGAACAAGGCUUUGCGGUCGGAAUGCAUGCCUCCCUUCAAAUCAACCCUUAUUAUGGGAAGACGUCUCAAAAUGGGCUAAUCUCCCAUUUCCAAAGUGUUCUUUCUAUGGGCCCAACCAUCAUUUAUAAUGUGCCCUCGAGAACAGGCCAAGAUAUCCCUCCCUCAGUUAUAAAGAGACUCUCCGAGAGUAGUUAUUUUGCGGGUGUUAAAGAGUGUGUAGGUGAUGCAAGAAUCAAAGAAUAUGUGGAUAGAGGCCUUGUGAUAUGGAGUGGCAAUGAUGAUGAGUGCCAUGACUCGAGGUGGGACUAUGGGGCUCAUGGGGUUAUAUCAGUGGCUAGCAACUUGGUGCCUAACUUAAUGCAUGAGCUGAUUUUCCGAGUAAAGAAUGAGUUGCUUAAUACUAAGCUUUUGCCAUUGAUAAAAUGGUUGUUUUGUGAGCCUAACCCUAUUGGGCUCAAUACAGCCUUAGCACAACUUGGGGUGGUGAGGCCUGUAUUUAGGCUCCCUUAUGUUCCCCUUCCAAUUGAGAAGAGGAGGGAGUUUGUAGAUAUAGUGACAGACUUGGGAAGGCACCAUUUUGUGGGAGAUAAAGAUGUUAGGGUUUUGGACGAUGAUGAUUUCAUAUUAUUAGGUCGAUAUUAGGGUUUUGUUGUGGUUUUUGAGACAAUGCAAAGGUGCAGCAGCUUGAAUUGGCGUUGUCAGUUUCGUAAGGUUAGGAUGAAUCAUCAAAUUUUAAAGUGUAAACAUUUUGGAAAAGUUCUUGGAACCCAUUAUUUAUUUUGCUUGCACUUUUUUGGGUAAUUUUUAUUCGGUCAGUUUCUGGUUGCCCACUGUAAGAUAUCUUUUCUUUUAUUACUUUUCUAAUUGCGUUGGAUUUUAAACCACACCCACAGCCUCACAGCGAAUGUCUUCCAAUUUAGUUGUUGGUUUCAAUUUUUAAAUAUAUGAUGAUUCGAUAA